AAUAUCUAAUUAAAUGUAAUAAAUAUCGGUCAAUAAAAAUUCCGAAAGAUCCUGAAAGUAAAAUCCAUCCUUACUUUCAUUUAAAUUUCUGUAUUUCUAAUGAAAAUAAAAAUGCAAUUAUAUUCAAAGUAAUGUUAAGUGGAAAGGACAUCUUAUUUCUUGGUUUUAUUUCAAUCUCUGAAAUCCAAAGAAUGAAGAAGUUAAAAAAUGAAGGAAAAGGAAACAAGCGAUCCUCCCCCCAUUGCAGUUCGCGUCCUACUGAGGAGUUGCGCGUCUAGCGCAAGCUAUAAAGAAUGAUCAUCCCCUUUUAUCGUCCCCCCACUAUGUUCUUCAGCGUUAAAUAUACAAAAUAAUUUAAACAAUAAUAAUUUAUAUACUCUACAAAACAUUGUUAUUCGAAAUUCAAUUAACUUAUUGCUUAUCCAGUGAAAUUUUACAGGAUAACAUCUUGAUACAAGCACGCAUGCGCACGGCGGCCUGAAAUCCAAACCCUCUGUAAUCCUUAGUGCUUUAUUUCAGUUCUGGUACAGUGAACUCCAGUUGAACCGCACUCAACUAAACAACAAUCUUUUAUAUCAACCACCGUGAAAAAUGUAGUGUUUAAGUGUAAAUUAACAGAAAAGCUUAGUUUCAUUUCUUUCCUGUACGUCGCUAUAAAACCAAUGAAUAUAGUGAAGUGUUAAUUAAACAGUAAAAUAUUUUAUAACAAUGGCAAAGUUUUUAGCAACGAUUAAAGCAAUUAUUACACGGCUAGUUUUUGCGGCUCACGGUUUCAUCGCAAUUUGGCAAGUUACCACGUUUAAAAAGAAUCCUCUCUUCUGGUACCUUAGUUGUCCAAUUCUGUUACUGUUCUUCGAGGGGAUCUUCACGCUUUCUAUAAAAGAAAAUCAAGAAUGGAAAUGGUUUUGUCCUUCUGUUUUCCUGUAUCUAAGCAGUGUAGUGCCUGCAAUAUGGCUGCUGGAGUUGGAUAAGGUUGACAGAAGAUUGAGAGCACUUGAGGCAAAUGUAAACAUAUCAGAAAAUUUUGAUCUUACCAAUUUAGCAACUGAAGACUUAAAACACUUGGAGAAAGCAUUUGGCGUGAACAUCUAUCUGCCAGACAUACGAAUCUCCACAGAAACCUGGGUGACUUUAAUAGAACAAUUCCUGAUGCUGAUUCUGAUCAUUGGAAGAUGGAUGUUACCAAAAGGUGAUUUAACCCGCGACCAAUUAAGCCAAUUGUUAUUAGUUUACAUUGGAACAGCAGCGGACAUCAUCGAGUUUUUCGAUUCGUUCAAAGAGGAUCGAAUAGCACGGGAACCUGUGCUGGUUUAUUUGACCCUCGGAAUUUGGGCGUGGUCCCUGAUGCAAUUUACCGUCGUCCUGACGGCGACCAAGUCCAGGAAGUCGCGGCUCUCGUCCGGAAGCGCUGUCAAAAAGAGAGUACACACUGAGACCAGUUGUUGUAGCAUAGACGUAUGGGGGAUCGCUUUGAACAUGCUUUUACAGGAUGGACCAUUUCUUGCCUUUCGACUUAUUCUAAUCAUUCAUUACCACAUUGUCAGCUACAUGAACAUUUUCUUCACAUGCAAAAACACUUUGGUUAUUCUUCUGCAACUGUAUCGUUUGUACGUGGUGCAGACAGAGAACAGGAACAAGCGGAAGAAGAAACCUGAAACGUCAAAUAUUAGUAUCAUUUCACGAGGGGACAUGUAUAAGCACGUGAAAGGUCGUAAAGUUUCUGUUGAGAGAAGAAGAAAGAGAAGAAGAGACCGUGACGUGGAGGCAAAUUACUCGCAGAGCGAAGGAACCACGGAAGAAGAUGACCAGUUUGACUCCUCUCCAAGAAGUACUCAUCCUAAACGAAAAACUCGUCAAGACAUUGAUUACUCUACGUCAAGUUCUGGGAAACAUGGAAAAUUAGAAAGGGUUGAAAGCAAGAAGAAAUCAUCGCGCAAAAAUGAUUCCAAACGCGAGGUUUCAACGGAGGAAGAGAAACGUAAACGGAAAGUCGACAGAAAACCAUCGACCAAAGGAGACAGGAAGUUCUCCGAGAGCACCAGGUUGAAAUCCAAACACGACGACUCCAGUAAAAGCUCCAGCAGGAGUAGGAAGUGCAAAGACAAUAGCGAAGAUGAGUCGACCACUGAAGAAGUCACUGGAAAGACGAUCAGCGAGGAAAGUGAGUCAGAACCUGAAAGGAAAAGGUACGUUCACCGAAAACGGCGACAAGAUAGAGACUGA